CGGCCAUACACAAACGGCAGCUGCACCGAGCGCACGCACACACACGGACCCAUACAACGAUACACAGGUGGUCGGCUCGUGUGGGAAUUGGAAUCAGUCCGUCGUUCCCACGAUCUCAUACACCUGGGACGGGUAUAUAAGCGCGUCCUGCACCGCUAGAACGUCAUUCAGAGUUCAGCUCUCAACUCGAACACAUCUACCGCACUAACAGUCUUGUACUAUCAUUUAUAAACACGCAUCCUAAAAUAAAAUAAAAUACUUACGAUAUUAUAAUAUUAACACAAUUUAAUAUUAUAAUUUUUUGACAACGUGAUUUUGUUGUCAAUUAAAAAUAUCAGUUUUGAAGUGAGUUUGAAGUGGUGAUUUAUAAAAAUAAUAAUGGGUUACGAAAUGGUGUUCGCUAACAGUGAAGACGGUACCUUGCAACCGGUAUCCCGCACUCAUCAAUAUCGCAAAGUAAUGAAGCCGAUGUUAGAACGUAAACGUCGUGCUCGCAUCAAUAGAUGCUUGGAUGAAUUGAAGGAGUUAAUGGUUGGCGCACUACAACAUGAAGGUGAAAAUGCAGCAAAAUUGGAAAAAGCUGACAUUUUGGAAUUAACUGUCAACCACUUGCACAAACUGCGCCGUCAACAGCGACUUUCUGCCAAUCCUGUUGUGGACGCUGACAGAUUCCGCGCAGGAUUCACUCAUGCCGCUAAUGAGGUGAGCCGUUGUCUGGCUGCCACUCCUGGUGUGGAUGUGCGUCUAGGUACUGAGUUGAUGACGCACCUCGGACACCGCCUAAAUGACAUGGAUCGCGGUAUUGGCAUGUCACACAUAAUGCAACAAUCGCCAAUUGCACCCACCAAGAUCAGCAUGCAUCAGCCAAUGCAACAUCAACAACCGAUGAUGCAGCAACAUUCCGUGCCGCUGACCCCUCCCGGAUCGCCUUGCCCUUCGCCUUUGGAUUGCACCGCUACCGCCGGCGUCAUAACCUCUGAUGACAGGCCGGUAUGGAGACCGUGGUAAAUAAUCAAAACCACAAGUAAUUAAAUCAAUUUCGCUCAAGAUGGAAGUAAAGAGACGUCUGAUCAAGCUUUAAUUAGGAUUAACAAACUAUUGUGAUAUAGGAUAUAGGGACAUUGAAAUAGAAGAAACUACGAAUAAUUCGAAAUAAAAUGUCACUGCAAUUUUACUAGAAGUGAUCGUGUACCUGUCGCGAGAAUUUUUCUUGAAGUUUUGUUUUUGAAUAUGUCGCCCGUGUUGUGUUUGUGAAUGUGUAUUCUC